GUGUGAAGAGGCGUUUUAUUGAGUGAUCGCAGCAUUCAUUCACUCAUUCAGUGAUUCAGUCAUCGAUUGGUUGAGUGAAGCAUCAGAUCAUCGGAUCUGCUCUCGACUCAUACCACAGACCUAUUGAUACACUGAAGACAUCAUGAGAUAAAGCGAUCAAACAGUGGUCAACACAAUGAUUGGCGGACUAUUCAUAUACAACCAUAAGGGAGAAGUACUCAUCUCCAGAGUAUAUCGCGAUGACAUCGGUCGCAACGCUGUGGACGCGUUUCGGGUGAAUGUGAUACACGCGCGACAACAGGUGCGGUCGCCGGUGACCAAUAUGGCGAGGACUUCAUUCUUCCACAUCAAGAGGGGCAACAUCUGGUUGGCGGCCGUCACCAAACAGAACGUGAACGCGUCGAUGGUCUUCGAGUUCCUGCUCAAGAUGUGUGAAGUAAUGCAGAGCUAUUUCGGCAAAAUCAGCGAAGAGAACGUCAAAAACAACUUCGUCCUCAUCUACGAGCUCUUGGAUGAGAUCCUCGACUUCGGGUACCCGCAGAACACCGACACCGGUAUACUCAAGACGUUCAUCACUCAGACGGGCAUCAAGUCGGCCACCAAAGAGGAACAGUCGCAGAUCACGUCACAGGUGACGGGACAGAUAGGAUGGCGUCGCGAAGGCAUCAAAUACAGGCGCAAUGAGCUGUUCCUCGAUGUACUCGAGUACGUGAAUCUUCUGAUGUCACCACAGGGACAAGUGCUAUCGGCGCACGUGGCGGGCAAAGUGGUGAUGAAGUCAUACCUGUCCGGAAUGCCUGAAUGCAAGUUCGGUAUCAACGAUAAGAUAACGAUGGAAAGUAAGGGCAAACAGACGCAGUCGGCGGCACUGGACGACCCCUCCCGGCCCACCACCACCACCAGCAAGUCGUCCAUUGCGAUCGACGACUGCCAGUUCCACCAAUGCGUCAAACUGUCUAAGUUUGAGUCCGAACACGCCAUCAGUUUCAUACCACCCGAUGGAGAGUACGAACUCAUGAGAUACCGGAUCACGAAAGACAUAUCGUUCCCCUUCCGGAUCAUACCAUUGGUGCGAGAGGUCGGCCGAACCAAAAUGGAGGUCAAAGUCGUACUUAAGUCUAAUUUCAAGCCAUCACUUAUCGGCCAAAAGAUUGAGGUGAAGAUCCCGACGCCCCUCAACACCAGUGGCUGUCAACUGAUUUGUAUGAAAGGAAAGGCCAAAUACAAGGCCAGUGAGAACGCCAUCGUCUGGAAGAUUAAGCGAAUGGCGGGUAUGAAAGAGACGCAACUGAGCGCUGAGAUUGAGUUGCUGUUGACGGACACGAAGAAGAAGUGGAACCGACCGCCCAUUUCCAUGAACUUUGAGGUGCCGUUCGCGCCCUCCGGACUCAAAGUUCGUUAUCUGAAGGUCUUUGAGCCGAAACUCAAUUAUAACGACCACGACGUUAUCAAAUGGGUUCGCUAUAUAGGCCGCAGUGGACUCUAUGAGACCCGAUGUUGAGUCCCUUUCCCACUGGCGCUCGCUUCUGGAUGUCGACCCAAACACUGUUUUCUCUCUAUUCAAGGGUCGGCCGGUUUUAUGUCAUUCCAGUUGAAUGUUCUCUCAAUUACUCCAAAAACAAAUAUAAUUAUUAUUAAAUAACCCUAACACUAUUGAAUAUCAAUUUUAUUGUGAUUUUUGUUUCCAAAUAAUGUUUAAAAAUUAAUUUUUAUUUUUAACAAAAUCUCUAUUGAACUGUCGUUUAGAGUCUUAAUUAAGUUAUAUGUUUAUUGACGAAACACUCC